AUGAGAACCGUGCAACAUAGCAGUAUUACUAAUAAAAUGAUGCUCACGGUUCGGACAAAGUAUAUAACAACUAUUCUCAGUUUUCUGACCUGUGUCGCGGUAAUAUCCCGCAACCUACCAACGACUUCGGCUGCACCAUCCCAUUCGUCUAGCAAGAAAACCAACCACAGAGAUCCGGACCAUAGCUCUAGUGAAGUUGAGUUGCAGGAUCAAGAAUCGAUUGCAUCAUACGAUCAGCGCCAGACCGGUCAGUAUAAUAUAAAGGUUAACAUCAAAGAUGUUAAAAUCAUUUACGCCGAUAGAGACGGAAUUGAAGGCAGCUUAGAUGAUGAUACCAUCUACGAUUAUGGUGAUUACGAUUACGAUCCUUCACAUCUUACCGUAAGCCCGUUACCCAUAUUUGGCAUCGGGUCCGUGUCCUUAACCUCCAGCAAACCACCGAAAUCGUCAACAAAAGUACCUACAACAACUAUUAAGCAUGGUACAAAAUAUACCACUGAAAAACCGCAACGUACAACUAUCGCAAUCGCGUCACCUACGACACCUAAUCCACCUGCAUCGACGCCAGCAGCCAUGAUGCCAUCAUUGGUUCAAAACCAACCUUUAGAAGUGCAAACAUCAAAUGGUAUGCAGUCUACCAACACCUCUUCUUCGGUUUCCGAUGAGAAUCAGGCUACAACAGAAAGUAUUCGAACAACAGUCAAACAUUCCCAUAAUCCCAUACCACAAGUACCACCCUCUGGCCAUUACGACUAUCAGCACAUACCGGUACAAGUAAUAACUGAUCCAUUUUACAAACGAAGCAGCAAAAUAUGA